AUGUCUUCCACCACCACCACCAUGACCACUUCAGCAACGGCCACUUCCAGCUGCUCAGCAAAGCUCUACGAAAUUCCAGCCCAUGCGGCUGCAUGUGCUAUGCCUAUGGCAUAUACCAAUUCCUCUGCCAUUAUGCAAAGUUGCUGCUCUACAGCGUCUGUCACCUCUUACGACAACUGCGAUUACUACUGCCUUGCAAUCGACCAGUCUGUUGGUGAGCUGGCUAAAUGCCUCAUGGCGGCGUCAGAUUCAAGCAAGGUCUGGUGCAAUACAAAUGCGAACGCCACUGCUUCCUUGACAACCAGUUCAGCAACAUCAACUUCCACUAUUUCAACGACCAAAAAUUCUGCAUCAUCCACAAGUAGCUCAGGGUCCGUGAAACGGACUAAAGUUUCGAUGGCUACUAUUGGCGCGGUGGGACUCUUGCUAUUUGCCUCUCUUUUGUAA